AUGGCUACAUCUGCGUUGCUCGGAGCCAACCCUCUGACCUUAUUGAAACAUAGCUCCACAAUCCCCUUCUCCCGUCUUCGUUCUCUCCCCACCAAACCACUCCAAGUCAGCACCGCCUCCUUCAAAACUCUACAACUAUCUUUUCAUUCUUCCCCCAAAUAUGAUCUCAAACUCAAAUGCUCCUCGGACAAGAACCACUUCACAUCAUCAGACCAGGCAUCUCAAAACCCACUUGAGACCAUCGCCAAUGAAAUAUUAUCGAAUGUUCUCGAGGGACUGCAAACACCUGCGGCAGAGAACCCACCAUUUGAUGCUAUCUUGAACGAAACAUUAACGAGUGCUCUCAAGGGAAUCAAAACACCUACAAUGGAUAAUCCUAACCCACUUGAGGCUAUCUUCAAUGAAACAUUAGCAAGUGCUCUCAAGGUACUCAAGACACCUGCCAUGGCUGCCGUGCUGUUAAGUUUGUUGUUGACGUUUCACCCUAACUUGGCGUGGGCGGCCUCGGGUGGUCGGGUCGGGGGAAGCUCCUUCUCUUCACGCUCGCGCUCUUCGUCGUCGUCAUCGUCACGCUCGUCAUCUUAUUCUUCUUCAUCGUAUCGUUCUUCUUCACCUUCGUAUUCGUAUAAGUCGUAUUCUUCAUAUUCAAACCCUAGGCCUUCAUCAUCAUCGAGUUCUUCGUCUAAUAUCUCCAUGUCCGAGGCCGACACUAAACUCCUGAACAUAAUCCUUGCGAUUUUGGUUCUGAUGGUUGUUGCUGGGUGCAUCUUUCAUUUGGCAAGUGUUACGGAGACCUCAAACUUUGUGAAUCGUGUUGCUCCGACCUCAAACGUUGUUAAGCUUCAGGUUGGUUUGUUAGGUACAGUCCGAGCACUCCAAAGAGAUCUUGAUCGUAUCGCUGAAACUGCUGAUACCUCAACCCCCAAGGGCUUGGGCUAUAUUUUGACAGAGGCAACUGUAGCUUUGCUCAGACAUCCUGAUUAUUGGUUCUCAAGUUAUUCAUCUGUUACACCAAACUAUAACAUGGAGGAUGCAGAGAAAUGCUUCAAUAAAGUUUCUAUUGAAGAGAGGGCUAAAUUUGAUGAGGAGACGCUUGUCAACGUGAACAACAAGAGAAGGAAAGUCUCGAGAGGCAAGACUGAUGAUGGAUUUCAAAACCAAUAUAUAGUGGUGACAUUGCUGGUUGCAAUUGAAGGGAAGCAUAAGUUGCCCGCCACCAUAAAUAGUAGCGAUGACUUGAAGGAAGAACUGAAAAAUCUUGGAUUUAUUCCUCCAAUGAAUAUAUUGGCAGCAGAAGUGUUAUGGACUCCACAGGAAGAAAAUGACACACUGUCGGAGGAGGAACUGAUAGAAGAUUACCCACUUCUGAAGCGUUUUUAG